AUGGACUUCGACUCCUCGGGCAAGACAGAGAGUGUAGUGGAGGAGACAGUGAUGAUGGAGUACGAUGAUGAAAAAAAUCAUUUCGACGUUGAAUUUUGUCCGGUUGAGCACCCUGUUGAACCAGAAGAAGAAGAUCGUCCGGUUAGAUGUCCGGUACCAGUCUCAUCUUCUCUCAUCCAUAAUUCAAAGAAGAAAUCAAAACCGGACUGGGUUAAACACAGAGCCAGCUGCGAUACUCCGGUUUAUCCGCCACCACGUCAUCAUGUCCGUAACGUACGGAAGAGACACAACUCGUUCGUUGAAGGGAACAACAGUUUCUUCACGAGAUCUAUGCUCUCGACAUCAUCGACUCAUGAAGAAACCACACCUCGAAGAUCCAAUGUAACAAUCUACCGAGUUCUUCAACAAGUUCAUCAUGAGUUUGAGCCAUAA